AUGGGUUUUAAACCAAUACGUGAAGUGAAGCGAAUACAUCAUGAUGGGUUUCCGGUUGAACAUCACACAGUUCAAACUAAAGAUGGUUACGUUUUGACAUUACAUCGAAUACCGUUUGUGCAGAAGCUGCCUAAUGAUAAAACUCAUAUUCUUCGAAGACCUGUAGCAUUUUUACUGGCGGGAAUCUACGCCUCCUCAGAUGCGUGGUUGUUAAAUGGACACGAGAAUUCAUUGCCAUAUUUGCUUUCGCGUAACGGUUUUGAUGUUUGGUUAGGUAACAAUCGCGGCAACAUAUAUUCGAGGCAGAAUAUCUUUUACAAUACAACGGAACGAGAAUUUUGGAACUUUAGCUGGCAUGAGAUGAGUGUUUAUGAUAUGCCAGCAAUAGUUGAUUACAUUCGGAUUCAUACAGGUGAACAAAAAAUGCAUUUCAUUGGUAUAUCGCAGGGUGGAACCAUUUUUUUAGUUCUCAAUUCGAUGUUACCUCAAUACAAUAAUGCGUUUAAAACCGCAACAUUACUGGCUCCAGUAGCUUACGUAAGUAAUACUAAAGGAAGUUUGGCUAAAGUGGUGGGUCCUUUGCUGGGAACACGAAACUAUGUAUCUAAGGUAUUGGAGAGUGUAGAAAUGGUUUCUACAAACAAGUAUGUUAAAAAAUUACUUUCGAUGGCUUGUUUAGAAAACGAAAAGCCCUUAGUAUGUGUAAGUCGUUUAUGGCCAGCAGCUGGAUAUGAUACCCAACUAUUAAAUAAGACACUAAUUCCCGACAUUAUGGCAAACUUUCCAGUUGGUGGAUCAUUUAAGCAAAUUAUGCACUAUUUUCAAGGCUACAUGUCAAAAAAAUUCCGUCAAUAUGAUUAUGGGCCGCAGCAAAAUUACCUUAACUAUCGUCAGCUAGAACCACCAGAAUAUAACUUGGAAAAUGUCAUAGUACCAACCAGUAUUUUCUAUGCGGAAAAUGAUUACAUUGUAUCGGUUGAAGACAUCUGGAAAUUAAUCAGACGUUUAAAAAAUAUCAGUACGAUUUACAAGUUACCGCCAAAAAGGUGGAAUCACUUUGACUUUAUAUGCGGUUUGGGCGUGAGAACAUUUAUUUUCGAUAAAAUAGUAAAUACUCUAAGUUUUUAUGAAUUAUAUUAA